AUGGACAUCGAAGGAUUCAGGAAAGCAGGCUACGCAGCAGUCGAUGCAAUCUGCGAUUACUACACCAACCUCAGCAAGAGGACAGUCAAAGCUGAAGUACAGCCUGGAUACCUCAUCGAGCAGCUGCCCCGCGAGGCCCCUUCAACAGGCGAAGACUUUGCGACCGUCGCUGCCGACUUUCAAUCGCUUAUCCUCCCCGGUAUCACCCAUUGGCAGCAUGGCAAGUUCAUGGCGUACUUCCCGGCAAUCAGUACUUUCGAGUCCAUGAUUGCCGAUCUGUACGCCACGAGCGUGUCCAAUCCAGGUUUCAACUGGGUGUGCUCUCCGGCAUGUACGGAGCUCGAGCAGGUGACGAUGGACUGGAUGGCAAAGAUCUUGGGGCUGGGCAAGGAGUUCCACCUGGAGCAGGGUAGCGGCGGAGGCGUCAUCUUGAACUCAGCGUCAGAAGCAGCGUUGACAGCGGCGAUCGCGGCUCGCGAGACUGCUCUGCGAGAGCUCACGUCUUCCGAGCCGGGAUCGACAGUAUCGGGUGGCACCUUCGAUGUACCCGAUGAUCUACGCGCAAAGUACAGCCCGAAGCUGGUGAUGUACGGAAGCACGCAGACUCAUUCCCUUGGCGAGAAGGCCGCUUUGAUCCUUGGCUUAUCCUUCCGAGCUGUACCGGUCGCUGCGGCUGACGGGUACGCUCUCAGAGGGGAUGCACUAAGAAAAGCCAUUGAGGAGGAUGUCAAGAAGGGGCUGAUCCCCUUCUACGUCAUCGCAACGGUCGGAACCACAUCAACCGGAGCCGUUGACCGCAUCGAUGAGAUCGGCCAAGUCGUGUCCGAGUACAAGACUAUAUCGCUGCAUAUUGACUCUGCGUGGGCUGGAGUCGCUCUCGCGCUAGAGGACCAGCGCGCUUUCCUCCGACUAGACGAUAUCAACCGAUACGCCACAUCGUUCUGCACCAACAUGCACAAAUGGGGCCUAGUCGCUUUCGACUGCUCGCUGUUCUUCGUCCGUAAUCGGAAAGCUCUGAACCUCGCCCUGGACGCGACCCCCGCCUUCCUCCGCUCAAAAGAGGCAGAUACCGGGACCGUCAUCGACUACAGGAAUUGGCAGCUGGCACUCGGACGUCGAUUCAGAAGUAUCAAGAUCUGGUUUGUGAUGAGGAGCUACGGUGUCAAGGGCUUCCAAGACCAUCUCCGAGUCGGAAUCGACCAGUGCCAGCAGCUUUCCAAGCUCAUCACCGCUUCCUCCUCUUUCGAAAUUGUCACCCCCCCUUCGCUAUCCCUCAUCGUCUUCCGGCUAGGCGGUGCUGCGCUUCCUGCCGACACCCUCCCAGCGGAACGGAACCUGCUCAACACGCUGCUCAAUAAUCGCUUGAAUGCGCGGUACGAUGUGUUUCUCACGCAGACUAUGCUGCAUAGCGCAGAUCAGGAGGAUGUGUUCUGUAUCAGGAUUGCGCUGGGCGGGCGGACAACGACGAUGCAGGAUGUGGAGGAGGUUUGGGCGGUUGUUGAGGAGGAGGGCGAGGCCGUCUUGAAAGAGUGGAGAGAUCAGAAGGCUUGA